AUGCAGUCUAAAUCCCUUAAAGUUUCUUCAGCAUUAGUCCCAAAAUUUAAAUUGGCUUGGGUAAGCCCAGAAGAUAGAAUUGAAACUAAAGAUGAUAUUAUUGAUUUUGUGUGUUCUGAAUUUAUUGAAGAACCCAACAUUACUUCUUCUCAAACUUUAUCUCAAUCUUCGACUGAGCCUUCAGCUCAUAACACUGAUAUUAGUGAUGAAGAAGAUAAUUUUUUUACUUUUUCCUAUAAUGAAGUUGUUGUUGAUAAUUCUGAUAUACGUAAUUUGAUUUCUGAAUACAUUUCUAACUCUAGUAUAAAGUGUCCAAUUGAUUUACCAAUUCAACUGAAAAAGCUCUACAUUAAGUAUAACACUGCAAUACCAUCAUCGGCACCUGUAGAACGGCUGUUUAGUGCCGGGGGUCAACUUUUUGAUAAAAGAARAGGUUUUUCUCAAAAUGUUUCCAGCAUGAAUUUUUCAAAAUCAAAAAGACCCUAUGCUAGAUCUGAAAAAGCAUUUGCUACAACUGGUUUUUCUAAUUGGAAAAAGGCUGAGGAGCGUAUAUUGGAACACACAAAUUCUUCAAAACACCGUUCAAAUAUCUUAAAGAUGAAAGAUCGUGGUAACACACUUGGUMAGAUCGACAACAAUCUUGUGAAACAAGUAGAAGUUCAACAUACAUACUGGAUAAAUGUAUUAAAACGAGUUGUGGCUGUUGUUAAAAGUUUAUCAUCUAGGAGAUUGGCAUUUAGAGGAACAACUUCAAAAAUAGGAUGUAAUAACAAUGGUAAUUUUCUUAUGGCCCUUGAAUUAUUGGCUGAGUUUGAUCCUUUCUUAUCAAACCAUUUAGAAACAUAUGGAAACCCAGGAAAAGGUAAUACAUCAUACAUAUCAUAUAAUGUAUAUGAGCAAUUUAUCAGUAUAAUGUCUAGACAAGUACUAAAUACAAUUAUUCAAGAAGUUAAAGCUUCUCGAUAUUUCUCAAUCAAUGUUGACUCUACACCAGACAUAUCACAUAUAACCAGCUUYCGUUUUGUGUUCGAUAUAUCAACAAUAAAGGGGAACCCGUCGAAAGGUUUUUAUGUUUUUUUGGAUCAAAUUGGACAUAAAGCGGAUGACAUGGCAAAUGCUGUAUUUAGUGUAUUCAAAAAAUAUGACUUAAAUAUUGAUUAUCUUCGAGGCCAAUCCUAUGACAACGCCAGCAAUAUGUCUGGGAUUUAUGCUGGACUGCAAGCAAAAAUUAAAAAUGUUAAUCCUUUAACAAAAUUUGUACCAUGCUCUGCUCAUUCCCAUAACUUGGUGGGAACUAAUCCAGUUGAUUGUUGCACUCAAGCUGUCUUAUUUUUCAAUUUACUUCAAAAUAUUUACACAUUUUUUACAGCUUCUACUCACCGCUGCAAAGUUCUAAGCGCUUCUGUUAAAGGACUUCCUGAAACAAGAUGGUCUGUCAGAGAUGAUGCUUGCMAAUCACUAAACAAAAACUGGUCUUUAAUUAUUAAAGCAUUAGAUCCAAUAAAAAAUGAUAAUGCUGAGAAAACACUUUCACGAAAUGAAGCUAGGGGAAUUCUAAACAAGUUAAAUAAUUUAGAAACUGCUUUCUUAUCUAUAUUCUGGGGUCAAAUAUUACACCGAUUUAACCUUACGARCAAAAAAAUUGCAAUCUGUCAAUAUCAAUUGGGGUGUAGUGYGCGAAUCGUAUAA